AUGAUCGAGUCACCCGCGGCUGGAGUUAAAACUGGGACGCCCCAGACCCCCGGGCGCGAGCUCCCGCCCGCGACGCCGGUGCUGCCGGGGGGCGAGCAGGGGAACGGGCCAGAAUGGCUUUCCCUCCCCCUGUCCUGUCCCGUCCCGUUCCUCCCUGCUGGUUAUCGGCGCAGCUCCUCUGCCACGGAAAUCAAAACCGGGGAUGAGGAGGAAAAGGAUCUCAGGAGAGGAGGAAGAGGAGGAGGAGUGAGGGAGAUGGCCAGUGUACUGGGAAGGACGGUACCCCUAUUGGAUCCACAUGGUUCAGAGAUUGGCUGGCUGCCGCCCCUGCAGCGCAAGCCAAGCAGCUCUGCCAGUAAGGAUGGCUCGGUGACGGUGGGCAAGGUGCGCGACAUGGCCUCCUUCCGCAGGCACUUCCGGAUGGGCUUCAUGACGAUGCCGGCGUCGCAGGAGCUGUCCCCGCGGCCGUGCGCCAGCGCCAUGGCGCCCCGCUCGCAGUCCUGCCACUCAGUGGGCAGCAGCGUAGAGAACGGGGAGCCCCCGCCUCCCGACCCCGAGCGCCAUCAGCACCCCACAUCCUCCCGUUGUCCGCCUGCCAAGCCCAAACGCCACCCCAGCACCCGCUUGAGCUCCACGGGGGACCCCCGGCCACCCCCUCCUCCUCCUGAGAACCCCCCGCCCGCCCCGCCGCCCGCCAAGCACUCCGACAAGAAGCAAGCUCUGAAGAAGUCGGACUCAGGGGAGCUCCCAGGAAGGAAGGUCCCCCCUCUGAAGCCGAAGCGCAGCCCUAACACCCAGCUCUCUGUGUCCUUCGAGGACCCCUCCAUCCGGCCGCCCCCCCUGCCCCGUGGGCCCCCCCCAGCGGCGCCCCCCCCUCCACGACCCACCCCGGACUGCAGCCCCGCCGGAGGGGGAGGGCAGGAGGAGCAGGAAGAGGAAGAGGAACCCGUCUAUAUCGAGAUGGUGGGGGAUGUUUACAGGGAACCCCAAAAUCCGCCGCCUGUCUCCCACCCUGGAGCCACCACCCCAGACUCGGACUCGGACCAGAGCGAGGCCAUCUACGAGGAGAUGAAGUACCCCCUCCCCGAGGAGGCUGAGCCCCGAAACCGGGCACUCCUGAAUCCCGAGCAGCUCCCAGUCCCCUCCGCUAAAACCCCGACCCCUGUCCUUGCCUCCUCUUCCUCCCUCCCCGGCCCGCACUUUUCCUCCGCCGCCUCCUCCUCCUCUUCCUCCUCCAAGCCGAAAGCCACCGUCUCCAUCUCUCACUCUGCCCCCCUCCCUUCCUCUUCCUCCGUCUCCGCCUCCCUGCCCCUGCCUCCCGGCUCCCGCGCCUCCACGCCUUUCCUCUUCUCCAAGCCCUCCGACAAGAUCCCGGCGCCCUUCCCCAACCUGCUGCAGCACCGGCCCCCGCUGCUGGCCUUCCCCCAGCCCGCCGCCGCCUCCAGCGGGGUGGGCAUCCACCACAAGUCCCUGGCGGCGGCCUCCUGCUCCUCCUCCUCCUCCUCCUCGGCCAAGCUGGCCACGGUCAGCACCCAGCCGCCCUCCUCGCUGGGGCAGAUGGGCAGCUGCUCCUCCGGCGCCUCGUCCUCCAAGCUAGCUGGGGCGACUGGGGCGCUCGGCCUCCACCUCAGGAGUGAGGCAGGGAGCCACAAACGUGCAGAGACAGUGCAGCCUCCCCAGGGACAGCCUGGGCCAGGCCUGCAGUCCCUCCAGCGGGCAGCAGAGGGCGCGGUUGGGCAGGCGGUCGCGCCACCUUGA